UCCUUGAUGCGUUUUGGCAACUGAAAUUUAACUUAAAUUUUACAGCAAUUUUGUCUGUUUUUCCGAUAGCUAUUGUAGAAACCUUUGUGGCUCGCAGUGUUUCCUUGAGUUGUGCAUUCGUUGACUUCCUGUUGUUUGUGUUUACAACAUUUGUAUGGAUUAUUGGAGUAAUGCCAAAUCUUUUGAAGUUCAAUUGUGAGUAAUCAGAUGGCAGACAAACGCCCCUGAAGGAGCAGGGGCAGUUCCUUUUGAUUUUUAGGAAGAACAUUUAGGGCUGAGGUUGUUCCCUGUUCAUUAUUAUAAUCCAGGUUGCUGCACAAGUAAAUACUAAAAGAGUAGAGCAGCCAUGCUAGCUACUGUUGUUGGCAGUUUGAUCUUCAUUAACCACAGGGGGUUGGUUGAAAUCUUCCCUCAACGCAUACGGAACCUUUGGAAUGAAUGGGAGCUCCGUGGAGCAGUUAUUGUCAGCCUCGCUAUGCAGAUUGUCUUAAUUUUAUUGGGAAACAGAAGAAAGUACAUCGCAAGAGAUUGGCUGGCAAUCGUUGUUUGGCUUGUUUACCUGUCAGUUGAUUGGAUUGUAAAUGUUUCACUUGGUGUUCUCUCCAAUAUGGAAUCAACAGAUAAUAAUGGUUUGCUGGAUCCGAAGUAUGUGAUAAUGUCAUUUUGGGCACCAUUUCUUCUUCUGCAUCUUGGUGGUCCUGACACCAUUACAGCCUACUCAAUGGAAGAUAAUGAAUUAUGGAUGAGGCAAUUGCUUGGGCUAUCUGUCAAGUUUGGGGGGGCAUUUUAUGUCUUAAUUAGGUCAUGGAUGGGAAGUCCAGUUAACUAUCUAGCACUUCCAAUGUUCAUAGUUGCAAUUAUAAAGUGCGGGGAGAGGACUUGGGCUUUACGAUAUGCGAGCAGUGACCAGUUCAGGAAGUCCAUGCUUCCUCGGCCUGAUCCAGGACAUAGUUAUGAUAAAUUCAUGGAUGUUUACACUUCAAGCAGAGCUGAGGGGUACAAUGUAUCACUGGAGCCAGUGAUUGAUGAAGCUUCCAUUGUGCUGGGUCAAUCUCGGAAAGUUGUAGCAAACAGUAUUGUCCCUGAUGCUGCAAUCUUGCAAGAGGCUGCAUGUUUCUUUGGAACUUUCAAAAGGUUAUUUGCCAAUCUCAUCCUCAGCUACCAGGAUCUGGAGAGUAGCAGGUCUUAUUUUCAUGGUGAGCAUAUGACUUGGGAGAAAGCUUUCAAAGUGAUAGAGAUUGAGGUUGGAUUCAUGUAUGAUUUGCUGUAUACCAAGACAAUUGUCAUACAUACAUAUCUCAGCAGUUUUCUUCGUAGUAUCAGUUUAUCUUCUACCAUUUUCGUUCUCGUAGCCUUUUUUAUAAUCGAUAAGCCUUCUUAUUCAAGAGUUGACAAGAGCAUAACUUGUCUCUUGCUGUUUGGUGCUAUCGCUUUACAAGUAUAUGAGAUAAUUGUUCUACUUUCCUCAGAUUUGACAUUACUUUGGCUAAGCAAGCACAAAAAUCCAUUGGUGGAUCGCAUCUACAAGCCCAUCUGCUGUCUCCAGUCACUGUUGCAAUCUUUUUAUAUUACACCUGAUGCAAACAAGAGAUGGUCUAAUUCCAUGGCAAAAUUCAAUCUGAUAAGAAUUUGCCUUGAUGAUAAGCCAAUCAAGUUCAGUGGAAUCCUCAAGUUCUUAUGCAUUUAUGAGCUGCUAGAGAAGCAGCAAUUCAAAGCCUUGGAUAAUGUUUCCGCCGAUUUGAAAAGGCUGGUGUUUGAACAGAUUUUGGUGAAAUCUAGGAAUGAACUGGACAUAAGUCUUUCUAGGCAAUUAUGUGCUCAAAGGGGUGAUCAGAUACUCAGAGAAAUGGAUUGCUUUGACAAGAUUGGCUGGAGUGUUGAAACAGAAUUUGAUCAAAGCAUUCUUCUAUGGCACAUUGCCACCGAUCUCUGCUUCUACAUUGAUCUUAACAAAAAGUCCAAUGUAAUUGAAACCCCGCUAUGCAAAGAAAGCAAAUCUUUAUCAGAAUACAUGCUGUAUCUUCUAGUUAUGUGCCCUUUCAUGCUUCCUAAUGGGAUUGGACAGAUCAGAUUUCAAGACACCUGUGCUGAGGCCACCCAAUUUUUACAAGAAAAAAAGCACAUCUCAGAUGAAAACAAAGCUUGCACUGCAUUACUUCAAGUGAACACUGAUAUUCCUCCAUCUCAAGUGAAAGGAGAUAGAAGCAAGACAGUGUUAUUCGACGCAUGUAGGCUCGCCAAAUCCUUGCAGGCUUUGGAGACAGAAGAGCAAUGGACAAGUGAGAAGAAGUGGGAGAUGAUAAAUCAUGUGUGGAUAGAGAUGCUUUCUUUUGCUGCAAAUCAGUGUGGAUCAAUCAACCAUGCCAAGCAACUCACAGGAGGAGGAGAGCUGCUCACUCAUGUCUGGCUAUUGAUGGCUCAUCUGGGUAUCACUGAACAAUUUCAGAUUUCUAAAGGCAAUGCAAGGGUGAAGUUGAUUUUGAGGUGAAGAUUCCUGAGGAUAAAAUCAUUGUUUGUAAUUUAAAUUAUAAUCAAAUAUAUAUUUAUAUUCAUGAAUUGUUUCAUAUUAAUAUAUUAACCACUUGAAUUAA